UAAAGCAAACGAAAACUGCACUAAUUAUAGUACCCAAGGAAAUGGCACUCUUAUACAUAACUUUCUAUGUAUAAAAGUCAGAGUGGAAAAUAUAGGAAGUCUGUCUUGAAUGUUUUGAACUAAGUGAAGUAAACUAUUCGUCCAGUAUCUUUAAUAUUGAUUCAUGAAGUUUCAUACAGAAUUGGAAUUAAGUAUACAGAUGUGCUGUAAAAAAUGGUUAUUUAAUGCAUAAAAUCCACAAUAAAAACCCCUGCUUCACGAGAUUAGAAAGAAAAUAGGAGGAAUUAAUAAAAGAACAUCAAGGCAAGAAGAGGGAUGCCAAACAUUUAAUCUCAGGCAAUUUAUCUUUAAAUAACUCUUGUAGGUCACUUUAAACUAAAUUAUUAUUAAAGAGAGACAUUAAUUAUUGCAAAUCCAAUGUCUUCUGAAGUCAGCAAACGCCACAUAUUGAUUCUCAUAAUAGUCACCCUUCUUUGCAACUCCAUGGUAUUUUCAAAUCAACAGUCAAUCACAUUUUCAGGCUAUCGAAGAAUCACACAUACAAGCUACAGAGACAAUAUACUUUACGAGUUUAAACAUGUAAGUGUUGAUUUGCGACAUUUAUUAUUUGGAUGUGCCACCAAAUGUGGAGUAGACCCAAGUUGUAGAUACUUUAAAACAGAGAAGGCCUCUACUGAGGAGACUGGAUGUUUCAUAGGCAGUCCAUGCACAAAGGGAAGGACAGUAUACAAUAAUUCAAACAAUCUAGACCAAAUUGAACAUAGCAUGAGAAAAGAUGAGAAGACCUAUGAAAAAAUUCUAGCACCUACUGGUCAAUGGUACGGUUAUGUUUACCAUAAGGAUGAGAUCACUAAAGAUGUUACUGAUAUACUACCAUACGGUUACUUCAUCUUCUACAGAGAUGUUAUCCUAAAGCAUGGCUAUAUAACAAGAUGGAGAGUAUAUGACAUGAAUACCCGAAGUGAUGUCAUUUAUAUUUAUGUUUGGGGCAAAAGGAACAAUAUUUUCUACCAGAAGAAAAAGAUUGAGCUACCCCGAAAAAUUGGAGCUGAUUAUGAGAUACUGUUCUGUGGAGAUGACAGAAUUGCAGUUGGCCCAUUUGACAAAAUUGCUAUAGGUCUCCAAAAUACAACUGAAGUACUAAUCAUCCCAGCAGGGAAAAACAGAACAUUUAACUAUGACCUCUAUGAAGACUGGAAUGAAUAUACGACAGAGUUGAGUGAAAAUGCAACCAUAAAAAUAGCAUUGCCCAUUGCAUUUCAAAUGGAGGUCUUUGUAGAAGAGACUUGAUCGAUGAGAAAAAUGUUGUUUGAUUGGUUUGACUGAAUGUUGAGAGAAUUCAAUGAGACUUUCUUCUCAAGCUACAGAUGAAGAUUUCUAUUGAUUUAGAGGUGGUCAGAUCUGCUUUUGUCUAAGGGCCAUAUAACAACAUCCCCAAAUCACUGCAAAAGAUAUCCUUCCCUAAUAGACUAUAAGAAAAACAUUUUACUGAAGUAAAACUAUAGAAUUUUGCCUGUAUCUAUACUGUCCAGACUUUCAACAUUAUUUUAUUCAAACCCAAUAUAAAUCGUGGAUUUCUACCAAACAUUAUUUUAUAACACAACCCCAAAAUUUCAGACGUAAUUACUUUAUGUGGUAAAAAUAAAAUCCAUCGAAUCAAAAUUAUUGUUUGGUAAGAACAACUUGGUGUUUUCAAUGAAAAAGUAGACCUGAUAACAAUGUAUCGGGAAAUAUUGGGAAACAAUGCAAUAAAUAAUGAUACACGGCUAUUUAGUUCUAUCUUUACAAUAAAGGAAAUAGGUAAUUAACAAAGGAAACAUGCUAGAAAAUGAAAUUUAUUCCGACUUUAGACAACAGGUGGUCUAAAGCAAUUGGAAAGUUCCUCGGUCAAAUCUGUAUAUCCGAACACCUCUCUAGUCCAAACAUAUCUCAUUGUUAACACUUUUUGGUCCUAUAUUUCAAUCUGCAAUAGACUUUCAU